UUGAGGCAUUGUUAGUUUCUCGUGGAGAAUAGACAAAAAUGUGGUUUAAAUUUUCGUUGGUGGCUUUGAUAGCUUUGGUUGGCAGCGUUAGCUGUUUUCCGGAAGGUCGUGUUGUAAAUGGUACCGCUACCGAUGUUACAAAGUAUCCAUUUAUAGUGUCCUUGCGUGGCGCCACCGGUUCUCAUUCAUGCGGCUCCAGCAUUAUUGCUCCACGUUGGAUUUUGACAGCUGCUCAUUGUGUCAGUGGUCGCUCGGCUAGUCAACUGAGUAUACAAUAUGCCACCACUAAAAUAAGUGCCAAUGGUGAAAAUGUUGUUGCCGUAAAGCGCAUUAUUAUGCAUGAGGAUUACGCUCCAUCAAGAUCAUAUGCCAAUGAUAUUGCUUUGUUGGAAUUGGAAGGUUCAUUUGUUUACAACUACAAGACACUUGCUCCAGUUACACUGCCCGAUCCCUACUUCGAAGUUCCCCAAACUCAACAGGGUGCUCCUGGUGUUUUAGCUGGUUGGGGUUUAAAUGCUACUGGUGGUUACAUCCAGAGCAAUUUACAGGAAGUGAAUUUGAAAAUUUAUUCCGAUGCUGAAUGUAAUUCUAGACAUAAUGGUGCUACAACUGCUGAUCAUAUUUGUGGUGGUGUUGAUGAGGGUGGUAAGGGCCAAUGCUCUGGCGACUCUGGUGGCCCUUUGUUGUACAACGGUACCAUACAAUUGGGUAUAGUUUCAUGGAGUGUUAAGCCUUGUACCGUAGCUCCUUACCCCGGUGUGUACACCAAGGUUUCUCACUUUAUCGACUGGAUUUACAAGCAUAUUAAUUGAAAUGUUUUUACGUAAUAUAUAAAUUUGAAUACAAGUUUAAAUCAAAAUAUUAAGAUCUAAAUUAUUUUAAGACCAUAAAAGACUAGAUAAUCUACAAUUAAACCUAGAGCAGACUUUUCCACAAUGGCAUACAAAAAUAAACCAAACUUAAUUUUGUCGCUUUACUGUAGUUCAU